AUGCCUCAACUUUCUCCCCUAAAUUGAAUUAUAUUAUUCUUACUAUUUUGAUUUCUUCUAUUACUUAAUUCAUCUAUUAUAUGAUGAAAUAACAAAAACAAAUAUAACUUAAUAAAUCAAAAAAUAAAAACAAAAAAAAGAAAAUAUAACUGAUAA